AGGAGCCAUCUUUCUUUCUAUUCGCAGCUCGUCGACCGCGUGGACGUCACAACGGUAGAGUGUUGUUACUUUUUUUUAGUGAACUGAACCAAAAAUGACCAACUCGAAGGGAUAUCGCCGUGGUACAAGGGAUAUGUUCUCCCGUCCCUUCCGCAAGCAUGGUGUUAUUCCAUUAUCUACUUACAUGCGCGUCUUCAAGAUUGGUGACAUAGUGGAUAUCAAAGGACAUGGUGCCGUGCAGAAGGGUCUACCAUAUAAGGCUUACCAUGGCAAAACUGGGCGAAUUUUCAAUGUUACACAGCACGCUGUUGGUGUAAUUGUCAACAAACGUGUGCGCGGUAAAAUCCUAGCUAAGCGUGUCAAUGUGCGCAUUGAGCACAUCCAUCACUCAAAGUGUCGUGAGGAUUUCCUACGCCGCGUAAAAGAAAACGAGCGUCUGCUGAAGGAGGCCAGAAAAGGACAAUGGGUCAGCCUUAAACGCCAGCCCGAGCAACCAAAAAAGUCGCACUUUGUUAAGAAGCUGGAAGAGCCGAUCUCUUUGGCUCCAAUUCCAUACGAGUUCAUUGCCUGAGCGAGUUUCUGUGUUUGUUUUGAUAUUAUGUAGUGUGGUUGGUUCAGCUGUAAAUGAAUUGAUUUUCUAUAUAAUACCUAUAAACAAUUA